UUUGAUAGACACAACUAACAUCCAAUUAGCGCCUUUGCCUACGACUACAUGCUCUCGAUUGGCUGCCUGAAUUGCCCGAGGGGUGGGACGUAUUAAAUAACUUGACCCAGAGUCCGUAGGGAAAAAACUGAAGUUUCAAUCCUUCAAUCCUUUCAUGGUGACUGGUUUGACCGUGUAACCACGGGACGUUGAACUGUCCUCCCAAAUUUUGCACUCUGAACGUCGGAUUCUCUUUUUACCUCCAGUUUCCGAAGUUUAGUUUAAAGUAGAGCAAAAUGACUUCCGAAAUCCCGGAGAUUUUCAGGUCUCUCCUUGAGCACCCAUUCACUCUUCCGAACUUUGACAAUGACACAGACAAAGAGAAGCUGGGCCUUGGCGAUAGUGAUGACCUUGGCGGAGGGGGCAGUGACAUGGGCCCUUCAGCCGCCCUGACCCCUGCCAUCUGGGAAAAAACAAUUCCCUAUGAUGGCGAGAGCUUCCAUUUGGAGUACAUGGACCUGGAAGAGUUCCUCAUGGAGAAUGGCAUCCCGACCUCACCCAACGGAAACGCCUUAAAGGACAGUACAGAAGAAAGUGCCGUCAAGCCAGAGAAAGUGAAGGCCGUUCCCUCCACACAGACCAAAAUUAAAACUGUGGCAAGCGUGUCUCCAGUUGCUCUAAUGCCCAUUCAGGAUUUGGACACAUGUGAGGAGGAAGUGGUAACCCUCACCAGGAGCGACUCCGACCUUACAUGUGACGAUUCCACAGAGGUGAGCACUGGCAAAGUGACACCUGAGCCCAUCGACCCAGAUGAGAUAGAGGUCGACAUGAACUACGAGCCGGACCCCACAGACCUGGUCCUGUCCAGCGUUCCUGGCGGCGAACUGUUCGACCCACGCAAACACAAGUUCAGCGAGGACGAGCUCAAGCCACAGCCUAUGAUUAAGAAGGCCAAGAAAGUGUUUGUGCCUGAGGAACAGAAGGACGAUAAAUACUGGCAGAGGAGGAAGAAGAACAACAUGGCCGCCAAACGCUCGCGAGACGCCCGCAGAUUGAAGGAGAACCAGAUCACGGUCCGAGCAGCCUUCCUGGAGCGCGAGAAUGCAGCGUUGCGGUCGGAGGUGGCUGACCUCCGGAAGGAAUGCGGUCGAUUCAAGAACGUCGUGGGCUGCUAUGAGGCCAAAUUCGGACCACUUGCUGUGCCAGAUGACGAGUAGACUCCAUUUGAUUUAUUCAUUUAUUUUAUCUGAUGAAUCAAUAAAUCAAAACUGUUGGUACAUGGGAAGGCUAGAAUCGAUCAGAUGACGACGAGGAUGAAGAGAAGAGCAUGCUUGGAGGGCAUGACUGACAUGAUCGUCUUUUUUUUUCUCCUUUUAUUUUUCAUUCAUGUACUAUGUGAAACGAAGAAUGUGAGAGAAUUUUCAAGUGCUUCUGUAGACCGCCUCGUUUAUGAGGCGCACUUUUAUCAUGUUUUGUACACUUUUGGGGCCGAAAGAGAUCAUUUGUGAAGUUUAUUUGGAGGAACUCGGGUUUUAAGUUUUUAACUUCAAUAGGCAAUAUGUUGGUAGUUGAUGCAAUGGUCUAGACCAGUUCUUGAAUAAGGUUUGCAGUCUUUCAGUUUUGAAUGAAUUCAGAUUUUUUUUUUUCUUUAAGCUUCACAUUUACCAAGUAACUUAUCGUCUUUAGAGCUGGGCUUGUCUUUGCCCUGUAAAACUUCUGACUGUGACAUUUCCUUAAAGCUUCUUCUUAAGCUUCUUCAGGGGAUUACAGUGACAUGGCAACAUGAAAAAAAACAAAAACAAGCCGUGUUCACAUAUCUUUAUGUAAAAGCACUCAUUGCCAGUGCGGAGCUGACGCUGUGUUCACACCGUACUGAUGUCGCAUCUGUCUGUCGCUCUUGUGCCGUGUUUGUCAGCUGAAUGUACACCUGCGCUUCUCUCUCUGCAGAAAUUCAGUCUCGACUCAUCCGUUCACGUCAGCAACGCCCCAGAAGUCGGUGUGUAGAUUUCAGUGUGUGUAUUGUAAAUAGUUGUCGGCGAAAUCAUCAAGUGUACGCAGCACUAGUCGGGCGUUAGUCGAACACUCGGCAUGCUUCUGGACAGAUUGUCAAAGCUAACACUCGCCUGCAUUACUCCUGUGCCUCGGUUCUUCUGGCAUACUGAUUUGUGUACAGCAACAGGAUCUGUUGCUUUUAUUUUCCUUUUCUUCCAAGAUUAUUUUUAAAACUCUGUAUUUACAACACAUAAAAUCCCAAACAUCUCAAUUAUAGUCAAUAAUACAUGGGGUGUUGGGGAUCUUUUUCAUAUACAAAGAAACCUCUAAUAUUCUCAAAGUGUCUUCUACAUUUAAAGCCAUUUCAAUGCAGCUCGCAGUCUACCAGUUUACAGGGGAGCUAACUGUACGUCAUGCCAGAAAAUUCCCAGCUGUGUCUUACCCUCAGGUUGAUUUCCUGUCCAGCUCUGACAAAAAAAAAACAUUGAAAAAAGGGAAAAUAUAUCUAUUUUUUCUGCUGUGCUUCCAUCCAUAGAUAGACUUUUUAGCAAAAUGAACAGAAUAUUGUGAAGUUUCUUUGGAAAGGCUUUCCAAAUGUUCGCAGCUCUUAAAGCUACAUACAGUGUUGUGAGACGGAUCGACAGGUUAGCACCGGCAAUAUUUUUUUGUGGAAAAAUUCCAGACCUAUGCUCCACAGAUAGCUUCACUCCAAGCCUGACUCAUUACCAGGCACAUUAUGCAUUAACGUGUUUCUAUUUCUUUUUAAACUACCUUUUGAGGGUAACGACAGACGAUGAGCUUUUGGUCUCCUUUAAAUACUUUUUACAACUUUCUGCUGUAAUGGGGGCUGCAUUUGCCUUCUCUGGAACAGGUCAAUUUGUUAUCCUUCUGGUUACGUCUUUGUAUUUCUUUGUAAGAAACAUUUUGGCAUUUUAAGUGUGGCUGUCAUGUAUAUAAAGUAUGUAUAAUUAAAGCCUUGAUGACACAAA